AUGGACGCCAAGUGCAUCCACCCGCGCUUGGCGUUGCCGACGGAGGCGCCCCAGUCAGACAAGGGGUGGCCUCGCGCGGAGCUAACUGACGAGCGGGCAUCGUCGGUGUUGGAGCAGAUGACGACCAACUUGAAGCCGGGUAACGCGAAGGCGGCCAAAGUGACCGGGGCUAUGCUUCUGAUGGAAUUCCUUAUGCUGCGCGUUGCUCCACUUCAGGCGCGCGCGCGCCCUUUGUGGAGGCUUGGAGAUGAAGAAGACAUGAUUUGCCUGAGGCCGGGGGCCUUGCCUGACGAUGAGCUGACUGCUGCCCUGCGCCUCCUGGUUGGGGACAACCAAGAGUACCCGCCGAGCGCCUUCGUUCCUUUGUUCCUCCGCAAGGACUGGGAGCCAAUCGUGGCCUCCAGGCCCACCUUUGACGCGCGCGGGCUGGUGCCGCCGGCGCUCACCGAGGCCUCUGCCACGCCGAAGCCGGUGGAGCUUGCUCUCAUCCCGACACAGGGUGGGUCGUCGCUGGUCUCCCGAGAUGCUGCCUCCGCCUUGACACCACCUGGAGCCGCCUCCAGCCCUUCUGCUGCACCAUCUUCUGCUCCCGGAGCCCGUGCGCCUACUCCUCAGGCUCCGACGCUUUCAGGUUUUAGGCUCCCCAAGCGGAAGGUGGACUAUGUCGCGGUGGAUCAGCCGGUGCCUUCGACGAAGAAACGAAAGGAGGACACAGCGGACGCGCCCCCCUCUCCGGAGGAAGGAGGUGGCAGCACUCGCACCUCCCCAGCUCGGUCGCCCUCGCGAGGCCAAGAGAGACAUCAUCGGGGGGAGUCAGCCCCCGUGGCCCUGCUGGCUCCGGAAGUGUCGGCACCUGGCUCGGCUGAUGAGAUCCCAAAGGCUCUGGAGCCCUUGAUCUCCCAGGCCCAGGCCGCGACGGCCUCUGAGGAGGAGAAGCGGGCCACCGCAAAAGCUGCGGCCGAUCGUGAGGCAGCGCUGCAGGACGAGUUGAAGAGUCUGCGUGACCAGCAUGCCCAAGAAACCCGUGGCCGCCAGGCGAAGGAGGAGGAGAUGAAGGAUCGGGAGGAUGCCAUCAGGAGCCGCAACGCCGAGCUGGUGGAGCUGGCGAAGGCGCAGGCCACGGAGCGCAGCCGGCUGGAGGCGCUGGAGCAGAAGAGGUCCAGCGUGGCGCUGAAGUCGCUGUACGAGAAGGGCUUGGAGAAGCCGCUAACCACCAAUGAGGAUGGCCCUGCUCAGCUGCUUCCCCACUUGGUGAAGGCGCUUGAGGAAGUCAUGGAGGGCAUCGGUCCCAUGGCUGAGGCAGAGGCUCGCGUCCUUUCUUCAGCUGCGCUGACGCGUGUCUUCAGUCAUCUGUACCUUCGCGACCCCAAUGCUCGUCUCGACGAGCUGCUGAAGCCUGUAGCUAAUGAGCAUUGCGUGGCUGCCGCCGCAGCCAUGAAAGGUCAGGUGGAGGCCCUGCUGAAGAGGUUCCAUGGCUUCGUCCUCGCGCCCUCGACCGGCGAUGCCACCGAUCCUGCGGCUGGCGGUGCAGGUGAAGGCGAUGCUACCAAGGGAGGGGCACCUUCUGCGGGCGGUGGCGGUGUCUAG